AUGGAUUUUAGAUCACAUGCUACUAUCAAAACCAAUCAGGAAAACGUUCGAUUGCAGUUCGCCUCAAAACUUAUCAUAUCGGAACCAUCAAGGAAUAAUCGGAAGAGAGCCGCUUUUGGAGAGGUUGGGAAUAAGCUGCGGGUUUCAAUAAAAAAAAAUGGCCAACUUCCAGAUCGCAAACAGGAUCGUCCUACAACCUUCAACUGCAUUGUACCAGUUGUUAUGCAGCCUUCUCAGCCUAAAACAACCACUACGGUAUUUUGCAAGGAUAUCAAGACUAAAAACGACAAAAUUGCUAAUGUAAAUAGAUCAAACAUAAAAAACCAAAACGGAGCUGUCGAGUCAUACUCCUGCAAGCAACUAGUUAUUGAUGACCCCGAUGAAGACUACAAAAAUGAUCCUAAUAUGGUUACGGAAUACAUUCCGGAUAUUUUUAAAUAUAUGAGAAGCAUGGAGGACAAGUAUCCUAUUAGGAAAGGUUUUCUCGAUGGUCGUGAGAUAACCCCAAAAAUGCGAGAAAUACUAGUCGACUGGCUGGUAGCGGUGCACCUGGAAUUCGAAAUGCAUCUGGAAACACUUCAUAUGUUUGUUAGUCUCAUCGACAGAUACAUACAGGACAACGAGCAAGUGGGGCUUGAUAUAUAUCAGUUAGUUGGGGCAUCUGCAUUGCUAAUAGCUGCUAAAUACGAAGAGUAUCGCUCUCCCUGCUUGAGUGAUUUGAAGUUCUUAUGCGGCAACGUUUAUUCUGAAAGGAAAAUUCUACAAAUGGAGAGAGACAUUCUGAAUAAGCUUGAUUUCGGCCUGGGUCGCCCCUUAUCCAUUCAUUUUCUGAGGAGGUAUAGUAAGAUUGCUAAGGUGCGCAGUAUCCACUAUAUUUUGGGUAAAUAUAUGCUGGAGCUAGCACUUAUUGAAUAUGGCAUGAGCCACGUAAAACCUUCUCUCCAAGCUGCUGCAGCUUGUUUUCUGUCAAUGGGAAUUUUGAAUGACGUUAGCGACUUGUCGAAGCUUUGGACUCCAACCCUUGUUCGUUAUACGGGUUACAAAUAUGCUGAGUUUGAAGAAGUUGUAAUUUGCUUUGCAAAAAUUUUGAUUCAGAGUGGUGCUUCUAAAUUUCAAACUAUCAGGAAAAAGUAUGCUGGACCGGAUUGUGCGGAAAUAAGUUCAAGUUCGUUGUUGAAAGGAUCUCUAGUGAGGAAGCUUUCUGGUAUGACAUUUAACUAG